CUCUUUACUCCUCCCCUGGGUUUCUCAAAUUCCCCCUUUUAUUUCUCUGGAUUGGAAUAAGGAUUUGGGAGCUUCAAACCCAGCUUUCUUCUUCUUCUUCUUCCAAUGUGCAGAUUUUCCUCAUCCAUCUCCCUCAUCUCCUUCCUUAUUCCUUUAUUCGUAUCAGGGAUAUAUUCGGCUUCAUUCACUUUAAGUAACAAUUGCCCAUACACAGUAUGGCCAGGAAUUCUAUCAGGUGCAGGAACGGCAGCCCUGUCUUCCACGGGUUUCGUGCUUCAAAAGGGCGAGUCCAAGACCCUCUCCGUACCAGUCGGAUGGUCCGGCAGGUUAUGGGGACGGACACUCUGUAGCGAGGAUUCAACUGGGAAAUUCUCAUGUGUCACCGGCGACUGUGGAUCGGAAAAGAUAGAAUGCGUCGGAGGAGGCGCUGCACCGCCAGCAACCUUGGCGGAGUUCACGCUAGACGGUGCCGGAGGGCUCGAUUUCUACGAUGUGAGUUUGGUGGAUGGCUAUAACCUUCCUAUGCUAAUACAACCCCAGGACGGCAACGGAGGGAAUUGCAGCGUCACAGGGUGUAUGGUGAACCUUAACAGCGCGUGCCCGUCGGAUCUCAAAGUGACCAGCGCAGAUAUCAGCGGGAGCGUCGCGUGUAAAAGCGCGUGCGAGGCGUUUGGGGAACCGCAAUAUUGCUGUAGUGGAGCGUACGGGAACCCAAACACGUGCAAGCCAUCUUCAUUCUCGGAGUUCUUUAAAAACGCGUGUCCUCGCGCGUACAGCUACGCUUACGAUGACGGCACCAGUACCUUCACUUGUGCCAAAGCCAAUUACCUUGUCACUUUCUGCCCCUCCGCUGCCGCCGGUCGUGAGACAUCGGUAGGGAAUUACCCACCGGCGGCAGAAGCGAUGAUAUUCUUGGGUGGUCCAUACUUGAGCGGAGCAUCAUCAUCAAGGGGAGGAGGAGGGUUGUUAAAGGGGCAAUUGGUCAUUGCCGUCGCUGUUUUAGCUGCAAUUGGGCGGUUGUGGCUACUGCUCUAACUUAUCCUUUCAGAAGAUGCUUCCAUACCAAUACACACUAAUGGAAGGUAGCUGAAUCGGGGGUCCAAGGUCCAACCAAUCCCUACCAAUUCUGGGUCAUAUCCAGCCUUGAUGCAGAAUUGAGGGUGAGAGCUUGAGUGCAAGUGGAGGUGGCCCCCCGGGUCUGGGCCCUGCGUGGCGAAGAAGUAAAUCUAAGGUUGCCGACCUCCUCCUUUUCACUCAACUCUCAACUAGUGGCAAGAUGGAAUGUAUUUCAAAGUAAUUCUUGGGAUAGCUUUCUGAGGAUGGGGACACUUGGGGGUGGAAGUGAGACGAUGGGUACUCAAUUGCUACUUUUUAUUGGUAGAUAAGAGUAUGGCCAAAGGAAAGCAUCAUAUCCUCCUCCUCUUAAUAAUGUUUUCUCAUUUUGGCGUUUUGACUUUUCAGAGAAAGAUUGCGAUUUCUUUUUU